AUGCGCUUUCCUUUGAGUCUCAAGUCGCUGGACUUCCUCAUUUCCCGUUUAACUGCUCCUCCUAACGGUAGACCUUGUUACAUCUCGAACUUGUCCCACGACACGCUUGUUGAUCAAAUCUUCAUAUACCUGGACGUGUUUGACAUCUUGCGCUUGCGACUGGUCAACAAGCUCUACUACUACCUCACUCAUCAUACAGCCAUCUGGAAACGAUUCUUGCAAAAUGCCGAGGUCCCUCUCCCCCUUUUACCUCCGACAUCACGUUACUCACUUCAGAACAUCAACGGCUUGGAGGCAGAACGUGUAGUUUUGCGUGGUGUCUCUCUCGAAGAGCGCUGGAAGAGCGGCAACCUGGAUUACAUGUUCUCUUGGGAGUUUUAUGCUCACCACCAUAUUCUCUCAAUGGCUAUGCUUCCUGGAGGACAUUACAUCGUUGCAUCUGUCACAAACAAUGCGCGAAGUCAAUAUUCGCUCAUCAUCUUUGUGGUGGACUCCACCCUGGCAGGAGCCUGGGUUGUCGCAAGAACUGACACAAUCACCAAGGCUUACCACGUGCAAGCAAAAUACAUGACCAUCGGAGACGAACGCGGAAUAGUUGUGGCAUAUAUCCGCAGGAAUUACAGACGCUUCAAGGAUAUGUGGAGCGGCGUCGACAUAUCUCAGUACAGCGCCGACCACGAGAUCGAUCCGCCAGUGCCAAUCAAAUAUGAAUGUGUUUGUCUUCAUGUACCGCUCUCUUCUUUGGAAAUUCUGGGAGACUCGCGGAUCGUGCCCGGCUCCGAAGACUACUUGCGACAUGCGAAGGCUCAGCCUGCACCGUUCCGCCCCCUGGCGACUGUCCAAACCCGGAGUCCGCUCGGGAUUCCGUCUCUUGACGAGAUCUUUGGUUCACCGUAUCUGGCGGUUGCCAAGGACCGCAACAAGAUUGUUUUCAAGAAGUUGGACGGUGGUCCGGCUACCACGCUGCAUUGCGACGCGACCCUCGAAGGCCCCAUUGAGGAACAUUCUAUCGCUGCAAUCCGACUCAUCUCCGCAGGAAACAAAGUUCUUGUGGCACGCAAGGUUAGCCAAGGGGUACCCAUGGUCACCCUCGAAUAUUACGACGUUAUCCCUCCGGGCGACGAGAAGGCUGAGGUUCAUGCCACUUUCACCAGCGCUAUACGCAUUCGUAACACGGAUGCCAUGUACGUGAAGAUCUCUGACCACGGUAUCCCUCCGAGAGAAGACAACAGCGUCGUACCGAGUCUAUACGGCCGUCCAGAAGCGUACGCACCGCGUCCCAUCUCCGUCUUCAUGUGCACGAAGGGCGGGUCGGUGCUCAAACGCCUUACAAUAUUCCCUGUGCGCAACCAGGACGUACCUCUUCCUUCUCCUUCCUCUGGACCUCUGAGCCACGAGCAGACGUACGGAGCAUACACGUAUCCGCUGACGGAGGUCAACAGGAUCGUAACCCGGAGCUGUCAGGGCGAGGAUUUAGAAUUUCGCGUCCUGGCGGGAUCGUACCGCUCCAUCGUGUACACAACGCCACAGGGUUACAGGAGGGACGCCCCGCCUAUUGUUGAUUUCUAUCGCUACUUCGAUCCCCUGAGUCGCUGGAAGGAUCCUCCGGAAGGUACCAAUGACCACCGGGAUGACAUUGUGUCGCAAACCUUCGUUCCUAACAGCGUCAAGGAUAUGAAGUCGGUCACUGCUCUUGCAUGGGAUGAGACGAUCGGCCGCCUCUGCAUCGCCGGCGAAGGCUCUCUAAUGGUGAAUGUCCUGGACUUCGCGGCGUGGCCGCUGUCGGAGGAAACGAGCGAGGGGACAGUGCGGUGGCCUGUUCCCGUGUAUCUCGAUCCCGACCCUGACGUCAUCUUGGCACCUCUUCCCGAGCUUCCACCUGAAGAGGACGGAGGGAUGGAUCAGUUAGACCCGCCAUAG